AUGGCAUCAGUGCCUUCCAUUGGAUCUCUGGCCCCAAACCAGUAUUAUCGAAAAUCCGGUGUUUCUUCAGGCGCCUCUCUAACUGGCUCUGAUUCUGUUCACUUCGUAGAUGAUGACAAAUCCCAGCGAGGGUUACCUGAAGUGGCAGAAUCCACCUGGUGGUUUAAAUCCUUUUUCCAGUCUGAACAGGCAGAGAAGACCAGUUUGCUUGUGGGAACAAAUAACAAUUAUCUACUCCAAUAUAAGGAAUCACAGCUCCUCGGGGAAAUGGCUGAUCCCAGGACAGCAUAAACGUUACCACAAGUUUGGCAGCUAAAGCAACACAAACUCAGGACGUCCCAGUUUUCUGGGGCAGGGGUCUCGGCAGCAGGUCCAGUGUCAGGGUCUCACAGGUGGGCCGUCCGCACUUCUGGAAUCCUCCAAGCUGAUGGAGAUGCUUGGCAGAACUAGGCUCCUGUGUCUACAGGACGGCGGGGCCCCGUCCUGAAGCCACCUGUAGGCUGCGGCUCCAUUUCCUGGUCCCUGGCUCCUGACAGCCCGUGAGCCUCACCCGCUUUGGGCCCCGUGCUCCGCGCCCCGGGCGAGCGGACACAAGAGUCCUCACUCAGUCCCGCCCUCAUCACAACAAGGCCCUGGUCCCGGCUCUCUGAGGCUCUUUCCCACCAGCUGGGGACGCUUGUCCCGUUGAGAAAGGCUCUUGAUGACCAAAGGCUGGAUGACGUGGGUGACUGAUAAACCUUUUCCUGCCCUCGUGGUGGCUGAUGGGGGCUCAUCCUACUGGUCCAGGUGGUGGCAGAGGGCGCCGUUAGCAGGUUGCUGAGUCAAUGACCACUGCUGGUUUUUUCUGAUCCUGCUUUGGCAGCGGACAGGCUCUGCCGUCUGAAGUGGUUUGUGCCUUGAGCGGGCGGUGCUGCGUUGGUCCAGCCCCUCCAAACCCCUAUCGUGGCUUUAGCCCACUUAUGUUGGGGGUUCAGUAAUUCACUGGGAUUUAGGGACGGAAGUAUGGAACCAGGACUCUCCUCCAAGAAGCCCUGGGUCACGUCUCCUGGUCUAGGACUGUCUGUGUGUCUGUGAUGCUUGACUUCACGUGCAGUUUGACUGGGAUGUGGGGUAGUUUGCGGUUACACGUUAUUUGGUCAAACAUUAUUCUGGUUGAUCCGUGAGGGUGUUUCUGGAUGAGAUGAACAUUUUAAUUGAUAGACUGAGUAAAGCAUUUGCCUCUCCCCCAUGCGUGUGGCCUCACCUAACACACUGAGGGCCUGAGUGGAACAGAGGACCGAGGAAGAAAGAAUGCUCUCCCCUCCUGCCCUGACCUCAGACGCUGGUCUUUUCCUGCCUUCAGACUCUGAUUCACAUGGGAAUGUACGCCGUAGCCUCUGGGGCCUCCAGCCGACCCACCUGCAGGUCCUGGGACUUCUCAGCCUCCAUAUUCAGGGGGCCAGUUCCUUAUUAUAAGGAAAUAGAUGUUAAAAAUCCUUUGCUGCUUCUUUUUUUUUUUUUUUUUGGCUGCGUUGGGUCUUAGCUGAGACACGCAGGAUGUUCGUUGAGGCAUGUGGGAUCUUUCCAUUGCGGUCCAUGGGCUCCUCUGUAGUUGCAGCACGUGGGCUCAGUGGUUGUGGCACGCAGGCUUUGUUGCCCCUCAGCAUGCAGGAUCUUAGUUCCCUGACCAGGGAUCGAGCCCAUGUCUCCUGCAUUGGAAGGUGGAUUCUCUACCUCUGGACCAACAGGGAAGUCCCAUAAAUCCUUUGCUUCUGUUUCUCUGCGGAGCUCUGACCAGUACAGGACUCUCAGCAGGCUCAGGGGAAAACUCUUACCGUGUGACCAGCUGCUUGUGUGUCUUAACCGGGUGUUGGCCCGUCCACACAGUGAGCAGGGGACAGACUACGCUCUGUGGAAGGUACUGGGGGUGGCUUGUGAAAGAGCAGUCUUGCUGGGACCCUAAAUGCCUCUGCAGUGGCCUGUGCCUGGGUCCUGACCCUCAGGGUUACAGGGUCACAGAAACACCCUUGGCAUCCUGUGGUGCAGCAAAGGGGUUCAUUCAAGGCUGACUCAAGCCCAGGGUCCUUUAACCCUAUAAAGUACCCACUGCCUUUGGGGACACGUCUAACCUUGGGGACACGUCUAACCUUGACGACACUCAUUUGAGGUUCUUGUUGAGUAGAGAGAAAUCCUCCUGAAAUAUACGAAUAACAACAACCACCGAAAAAUUUAAAAGAGGGAAGAAAGAACAAUGAAAGAAGGGAAGACACCUGGGUUCAGCAAGGAAAGCAAAAUACUGAAACAGGUCCACAUUUUGACUCAGUUAAAAACACAAAACUUAUUAAAAGUCUUUGCUGAAAAGAUCAAAAGCCUCUUCCGUGCUCCUGCGCCCCGCCCCCCGUGACGCCGAUUCUGAAUGAGAUUUAAUACGUGGUCCGAUGCAUCCAGCCUUCUUUCUGGGUCCACUUCAGUGCUCAGACGUACGGCGCUCCCUAUAACUUUAGGGGAGCUCCUGAAUACAAAGUAGAAGACAACGAGGAUGCUCAUCUCAACAGUCGGGACUGUCCCCGUGGCUAUGACACGCAUGCCCCUGAAAUCCCCCGCAGUGGGCAUUGAUGCUCCCAUGCAGUGAGCAAUGAAUAAAAAUUAAACUAAGUCUUUGGCUGGAAAGAACCCAGGUGCCUUACAGCGGCGCACCGUAACCUCAGCACUGCAGCCCCUCGGGAAGGCCUCAAACACAGUGUUACUGAACUACUGACUCGGGUCCAUCAGCGAGGGAAGAUGUUCUGCUCUCACUGCCUCUCUCAGCCUCCCAGAGGCAGCCGCCUUCACCACUGAGCACACACCUGCGUGGUACCCACGGGAGCCCCCAGCUGGCACGGUGUUGCAGCAAGGUCCUACCUGCAUCCACUGUUCAGACAAACAAACAAGAGGAGCUCAUUGUCACUGUAAAGUGCCCUUUGUAACAGAUAUUUGUUUUCUUAUUUCCAAUCCUGAAUUCAACCACUUAUUUUAUUAAGGUUACAAUGCCUGUAGUUUUGUUUGUUUUCAUUUGUCUGGAAUGUUUUUUGUGCAAAACUUUUUGAGUUUCUUUGUUUUAUGGUUAUUGCUUAUCUACCACUUAAAGGUAGAUUUUACUUUGAAUUCCAAUUUGUCUUUUAGCAUAUGAGCUUAGCCCAUUUACUUUUUUUUUUUUCUUUGCGGUACGCGGGCCUCUCACUGCUGUGGCCUCUCCCGUUGCGGAGCACAGGCUCCGGACGCGCAGGCUCAGCGGCCAUGGCUCACGGGCCCAGGCGCUCCGCGGCAUGUGGGAUCUUCCCGGACCGGGGCACGAACCCGUGUCCCCUGCAUCGGCAGGCGGACUCUCAACCACUGCGCCACCAGGGAAGCCCUACAUUUGUUUAUAUAUAGUGGAUAGUUCGAUGUUAUUUCUUAGCUCACACGUUGGGCUGUGACUCCUGCUUUCAUAGAUUUUAAAAUAAACUUUACAUCAGUGGCUCCCUGGAUUUUCUUCUGUAAAAGUCUGCUCUGUGUCACUCCUUGCUCUAACGGCUAGCUAAGGCAAUCGCAACUUUCACUGAUGCUGUUUAGAUGAUCCCUAUUUGCUUUCUACUCUAUACAAUGACGGAACUCAUAUAAAUCUUCCUUAGUUAAAACCUGUGGGGCCACAUGUUCAGAAUUCAACAUUUUUAGAAUUUUAGAUGAUGGCAUAAUGCUUACCUACGCAUUGUAUACCAACAUACAGACCUGAGCACGUUAAUAUUACAGCACGAUCACACAGUGCAGGAAAAAUGAGAUUAUAAAUAGCAUCCCAUUCAGAUCAGGUUUUGAACUGAAUGAUUAUCUAAGUAAGUUAGUAUCUUGAGAAUCAGGAAUUAAGAAUUUCAGAAAAAGGAUUGUAGACCUUUGUACAAUAUCUUCUUCUGUUCUUCCCACCAAGUGUAUUUAACUAAUUAUGCUAUUUUCCUUUGGUUUAUCUUUAUAAUGUCAAAUAUACCUAUAUUUCUACCGUAGGCUUAGCAGCGUUUAAGUCUAUCUCUGUCAGUCAGCUAUUUUUAAACAUUGAGAAAACCAGAGCUAUAUAGAAACUCCUACAUUCUUUCUCUUUCCAAUUUUAGCCAUUUUAUAUCAUUUCUACAUGGCUAAGAUUACAAUUUUUACAUUUUUUUUUCUGUAACCAUAAUUACCAUAUUUAUUUCAGACUUCAGUCAAACAAUUCACGUACUCAAUCCUCAAUGCUGGAAUUUUGCCCUAAUAACUUAAUUGACUAAUUGGUUGGCUGAAGUUCGUUCUCUGAUAGUUUCCUGAAGAUUGACUUGUAGGAACAAUGUUCCCUGGGCACUCGCACGCUUGUGUGUAACUCCGCCUUCGCACUUCCACUAUCGUUUGUCUGUGCUUGGAAUUCUUGGACCAUUUUCCUUUCCCUGAGGACUCUGGCCAUUGCUCUGAGGUGGCCUAGGCUUGAAGAAUGUAUGUAUAGCUGAAUCCUGCCUGUCUCUUUCUUUAUAGGAAGGGUAACAUUUUAUGUAACUGUUCAAAUUACUGUUUUUAAGUAAAUUCAUGAAGAUA